UUCCCAUUUUAUACGUAUAAUCAUCAAAAUCAUUAUCUUGGGAUUGAUGAGAUUUUACAAUAUCAUCUGUUAAGAAAUCACGUAAUCGGUUGCUACAAACAGGCUAAUUCCAAUCCCCCUCAAACCUUAGUUACUCUUCUCAAAUUUCGCCAUUCUCCAUUUCCCGCAGAAUUUCUUAACCCUAAUUUCCAGUUUCUUCUUCACUCUCUCUCUCCCCACCAAAAUCCAGUCACUCUCUCUAUCUGCCCUUUGGUACUUGGAGGCUGCAUCAGCAGUCAGCAGCAUAACAUAUCUCAAUAUUUCUUCCGUUUUGCUCUCACAAAUGCAGAAGGGCCCAUAUGGUCAAGUCGGGUCGGCGCUAGUUUCUUGUCAAAGAUGAAAUAACUGAAGAAUCCGUAGAGCUUAGGCAGAGAGUCACUGCGGCAAUGCUAUAAUUUUCUGGGAUCCAUGAGUUCUGAAGAUUGAAUGAAUCCCCUAGCCUGCAGAAAAUUUUCAGCUAAAAUUUGUUCCAGCAUCAGCUACUUGGGAUUUGGGUGGUGGGGAGAGGGGAGGGUAUAAAGCUGGUAAUGGUUGUCGAUUUGCUUAAAGCUUCGGCUACAUUUCACAGUCACAAUGGUGAUACUUGUUUUCUCCGAUUACUGGAUGGCUAAGGGGGUUGAUCAUAUGCUCAAAAGGUAUAACCUCCGUCCUCGUCCUACUCGCAAGAAAGUGGAAUAUAUUGUAUCUUAUUGCUUCUCAAAAUCUAAGAGGCAUACCUUAUAUCCUCACGCCAAUGAUCAGAAGAUACGGCGGAGACCUUCUAUACCUUAUCUUCCACCAGAAAUUAUCUUCAAUAUUCUUGUCUACCUUCCUGCAGACAUACUUUACAAUGUGAUGAGGUAUGUUUGUCGAGAGUGGUACAACAUCAUCUCUAGUCCUACAUUCAUUGAUGCACACCUCCUAAAGGUGGACAGGGGCAUGCUUAUCAUGCAAAUUUAUCCAGAUUGCAAUAUACAUUAUGUCGAAAUGGUGAAGAAUGAUCUUCCUGAGAUCAUUGAGGUAGACUCUUCUCAUUUGCCAACAUUUGGUAUGAGCAGUUGUAAUGGUUUGGUCUUGAUGGCUAAAAGUCAAGGUGGAAAUCGCUAUGUUGCAAAUUUAGUUACAAAGGAAGUUGUAACCCUCCCUCCUCCUUCAGCUGCAGCCAGUGCAAAUCCAAGUUUUUCGGGUAUGGGAUAUACUUGUUCAAAGAAAUAUAAACUGGUUGAGUUCUACUUUAAUGAUCAGAGGAAAUUAGAAGGUGGGAUACUAACGAUUGGUGUUGAUAGAGAAUGGAGGUGCCUUUGCCGACAGAAUGAGACUAGGGAAAUUGACAAAUUUGGAUUCUUUAACUUGUUUUACAACAAGCCAAUUGCUAGUGCAGAAGGAAUUUUGCAUUGGACACAUUAUAAGUUUCCUUUGGUUCUUAAUUUAGAUCUUGAAACUGAGACUUUUUACACGCGUGCCACCCCAAAAUGUCCCGAGAGGAAAAGGAGGACUUAUAUGGGAACUGGGCAGUCAUUUUGUUUCAUGGAUUACUUGGGGAAGUUUUCAUGGGAGCUCUGGUUGCUAAAAGAUGCAGAAGCUGGUGAAUGGACUAAGUUGGCCAUUAUUGAUCUAGGACCUCAGGAGCAAAUGCUUCGGCACACUUUAUGUCCGGCAGGAUUUCAAAUUGUGCCUGUUGGUUUUUUGAAAGAUGGGGAAAUUGCAGUCCUCUAUGUAGCACAUGAAGAUGGGAUUCAACAUGAAAGGUGCUACCAUCAUAAGUCACAUCCAUCAAGAAAUUGCAUUACGUAUAAUAUGAAGACAGGAGUGAUCAACUCAUUUCACUUGGAUAAGGGUAAGACUUGUGAAAUGAAUGAGAGUUGGAGGUAUAUUCCGCAUGUCAAGAGCUUGGUUUCUCUAAAAUUUUCAGCUAAUUAGUUGCUUCUUUUUAUGUUCGCAAAAAAAGGGGAAAUUAGUAUGAGAUGGAGAAAGAGGGAUAGAAGAUUGCUUGGAAUUAAAAUAGGAUGAUUGUUGUGAGAUGAGUCUUUCUUUCCUCCUUAAUUUAUUAAUGUCGUGAUCAUGACGGAUAUGAUCCAUUUCGCUGUAAUUUUUGGUUUCACUCUUGCAUUAUUUUCUGAGCGCAGGAGUAUUUGAUAUCUUCUGUUGGUAUUUAUAACUUUCUAUUACUUAUCAAAGUAGUUGCUACGUUUGGAAAA